CCUCAGUGCUUUGUAGACUCAGUGUUAGACUCAGUAACCGUCUGACGAACCAACCGCGUGUGUGUGUUUCGUGUUCAGUGUUCAGUGGUUUGGAUAUAUAUACUGUAACUGCUCGAGGGCGUCUACCAGAAUGACGGGCUGGCUACGAGCAGAUGACGGCCCUGUAUUGUACAGCUAUCACAACCGCACCCCCGUCACCGGGGACCUGCAGGUCAUCAUCGUCUACCUGAUCUUCGCCACUCUCUACAUCGCCUUCCUGCUCAUCUUCCCCGGCAUCCGGAAAGAGAGAUUUGCCACCUUUGUCACAGUCACUCUUAGUCUUUUUGUCGGCAACGUCAUAAUGGUGACGCGGCUGGAGAGCGCCUGGCACGUUGCUACCACGGAGGUAGUCAGUACUUACAGAGCCUUCUCCAGAGAGCUGGUCCAUGCGGAGCUCGGUGCCUACAUAGGACUUGGCCAUGUCAACAUCACUCUUCGAGCCAUAUCAGACAACUCCAGUGAGGACAUCGACUACAACGAACGCUUCUCCUGGCUGGGCUCGACGGAGAUGGGGGAGAGUUAUCGUGAGGCGCUGGUGCGAGGCGUUCCCUUCCCUAUCCUCAAGGUGGCCGAGUACUUCAGUCUGGGCGAGGAAGGGUUCACCUGGGGUGGGCAGUACAGGGCGGCGGGGUACUACGGCGGUAUCUUCCUCUGGGCAGCGUUUGCUUGUUGGCUCCUGAUGAACCUACUGCUAGUGGUAGUGCCAAGGUACGGAGCCUACGCCAUGACAGUGACAGGAGCCCUCAUGUUGGGGUCUGCUCUAGCCUACCACUGUCUACUGCCUUCCACCCCCCUGCGAGUCAGAUUCGAGAACGACAUGGAACUUGUCUUUCAUCUUGGCUGGUGCUUCUACCUUGUCAUCAUUGCAGGAGGGUUGUGUCUGUUCGUGGGACUGGUGAUAGCAGGUAUGGACCUCAUGUAUCCCCAUAGCUUCUCUACGGUGUUGGAAGUAGACUACGACACUCCGUACGACAGACACGUCAUCAUAGAAGAGAGCCAUACCAAGCACAAACACUGGAAGAAGGGAUUGGAAGAGCCUCCCGGCCUGGGCCGUCGCAUUCUCAGGCGUCUGUCGUCCAAGAAGGAGGAUGGAGAGAGGAGUGUACGAGGUCUGGAGAACCGAGGGUUUGAGAUGGACCCACCCAAGUCCCCCUGGCGCUACCCCCUCCACCGUCCGGCGCUGCAGGCUGCCUUCAAGCGAACACUCAGUCAGGACUCUGCGGCUAGUGGAGUCAGUCUGGCCGUCAGCUUCUUAGACCAACGCGAGAACACGACUGGCGAUCCUCCUCCAAGGAGGACCCAGAUAGAGCAUAAACCUCCCGUCCGUGAAGCCUCCAUGUGGUGAAUUCUCCCUCCGACUUGAAUACAAAAACUGACGACCCUCCCAUAUUACAUCCCGCUAUUUAAUCGUCCAUUUUAUAACUGCUCAUCAACUGGUUAAGUUAUAUUAGUUUAAAUACUUGGUUAUGUUUUGGAAACAGUAUGUAUGUGACCAUACAAAUUACUUAUUUAAUUUAUAUUAUCCUUAAAACAAUUAAGAUGCUGUAAAAUGUUUGGUUUGGAGAUUAUUUACUUGUUCUUAUAAGACUGUUAAAUGUUGGAAUGCUUUUGAUUGUAAAAUAAUAAAAUUAGAAAAUAAAUUUAGAAAUUUUGUAGAUUUAAUUUUCACAUUACUAUUUGUAUUUAUGGAUUUUUUUAUUGAAAAAGAAUACUUUUUUCCAAAGAAGUGUACACUGAGCUUAAGUAAACAUUUGUAUAAUUUACAAAAUAACAACAUAAGCUAUUGACUUUUAACAUAUCAUUUAUGUUACGAAAUAUUAAUUUAUUGUUGUUUAGCGUAAUAUCAUAUGUUAUUCCUAAAGGUGUAUUCCUAAUUUUUAACACGUCAUGCCAUUGAAUCUUUUUGUUUCUUAAGGUCAUUUUUGUUUUCUUGGUUUGUGAUUUUGUUGUGAUUUAGAAUCAUGUGAUCAAGUUUAGCUUUAGUUUAAUGGAAUAACUUGUAAGUAUUGUAGAUUUUGUAUAUAUUACUUACUGUGUUUUGAUUAUUACAAUAAGUAAGUU